GUCUUGUCUUCUUUGUAUUUGAUGGGCCUCCAUUUGUUCAGUUUUUCUUUGAUAGCAUCGUUCUUAUUUGGUCUCUUCUUUCUUUUCUUCUUUUGUUUCUUCUUUUUCUACCUCUUCUUGUUUCUCCUACUUCGAUUAUGUUUGGUGUCGCCGUUUAUAAGCAUAUUGACCAUAGUUUCUUGCGCUUUUUGCCUCCCUUGAUAAAGUUGGAAGCGUUUUUUUUGCAGUACUGGGAUUGUAAAAGUUGAAUAAAGUAUUUAUGUUAUCAAACAGAUAUUGAACAUAAUCU